AAUCUACUAAGCUGGGAAGUAAGUGGUAAGACCGUAAGACACUGGUACGAAACGGCGUCGUUGUAACUCGGCCUUCAUCUUCCUCUCCCUCCCGGCGCCGCCAUCCCAAUCGGUGGCACAGUUCGGUCCCAAAUGCCGGAGGUCCCUUCUUUAGUUUCUCUCUGCAUCGACACACUCGCUCGCCAACUCUUCCUCCGGGAUAACGACCAUGACGACGACGACGACGACGAUGAUGGUGCUGUUAUUUCUGUUAUAUACGACCUUCCUUUCGAUUUGGUCAACACCUUAAUCACUCGUUUGCCUCCAUUCGCAUUGCUAAAGUUCCACCUUCACAUGCCAUUUCAAGACCAGAUUGAGGAAGGAUUUUCUCAUGAUGAAUUAACCAACAAGAGGAAACGUGGAAGGGAUUGGAAUCUAAAUACAAUUUGGCGGAAUUUUUUUAAACUACGGUGGCCUCAUCUCAUUGACCAGAUGCAACCAGCAGACUGGCUGCAAGCUUAUUGGGAAAACCAUUUACAGAACUGUUUAGAUGAAGCAGCAGAAAUAGCACUAGUCCCGUCUUUUAAUGGGUAUCUUGGCAACAUACAGAUUCCAGAUACAAUAUUGAAACAUAUUGGUUUUGGGGAACGAACAAAUCAUUCAACUUGUGACCAUUGUAAAUUAUCUUACCAUUGCCUUCGAUUUGGCAGUCAUGCGAGUCGUCUGAGGCUGCAAAAUGUUCUGUGUACUGCAGAAACUAGUGAUUUAUUAAGGGAAUGCAAGCUGCAGAUUCUGGUGCUAAGAUGUAUUAGAUCCAAGGAACAAAUUGAUGGAUUAUGCAAACUUCUCGCUCAACAUAGUAAAACAUUAACGUCCCUGGAAUUUGUUCACUGCACAAUUUCAGCCGAUUUUAUUAAUGGAUUAUGUGGUUCUAUGGUCACAGAGAGUGUACAAAGACAUGGGAUACAAAACUUCUCAAUUAUUGCCUCAAAUUUUCUGGAACCAUGUGCAGUAUCUUUACCUAGUGGACUUGUGUCAUUUUUGUCUUCAGGAAGGUCCCUGUGCUCAUUAAAAUUUUCUGACAGCCACCUUGGACGGAGUUUUGCAAAAUCUCUUCUUGUGACUAUUCUGAACCAUUUGCCUAGAAUAUCUGUCCUUGACCUUUCUGAUAAUAGGAUAGGAGGAUGGCUUUAUGACGUUAACAGGAUUUUUGCAAGCCGUUCGAAUCUGUGUCCAGGAAAUGGAAACUCCUUGCAAAUGUUGCGUGUACUCAACCUGAGGGGGAACAAUUUACAGAAAGAUGACGUGGAAAAUCUUAGAUAUGCUCUUGGUCACAUGCCUAACUUGGAGGAACUGGAUAUAAGUGACAAUUCCAUUGAGGAUGAUGGGAUCAGGAGUUUAGUUCCCUAUUUUGUUGGAGCAGCUGAGACUUGCUCUCACUUGUCGCAUUUGAAAUUUGAGAAUUGUGAGCUGUCCCAUGAUGGGGUGAAUAAUCUUCUAGAUGCCCUUUCUACCUUCAAAGGACCAUUGAAAUCUCUGUCUAUUGCUGACAAUUACCUUGGGAGUCAAGUGGCUGGAGCUUUGGGAAAAUUUAUGAGCACCCCUAUCGAAGUGCUUGAUGUUGCAGGCAUUGGAUUGGGUUCAUCUGGUUUUUCGGAGCUUCAAGAUCUAAUAAAGGAGGAGGUUAAGCUGGUGAAAAUUAAUAUAAGCAAAAACCGUGGUGGCAUGGAGACUUUGAAGUUUUUGUCAAAAUUGCUGUCACAUGCUCCGCGACUAGUUUAUGUGAAUGCAGCAAGCAAUCUUUUGCCGAUAGAAUCAUUGGCCAUCAUCUUUUCUACAUUAAAAUCUUAUGAAGGUAAUCUUGAGCACUUGGACUUGUCGGGACAUAUAUGGGACUACCAGCAGGAUCGUGUUUCCAUCGACACUGAAUUUGUACAUAAUGGCAAACCUAGGCUGAUUCUUCCGUUACCAUCAGCCUCUAUUGUACCCUAUGACGAUGAUCCUUAGCAAAUGUAUAUAGUAUCAUUUCAAUUGACAUUGCACGGUAAAAGCUAGUAGUAGUUGUUUCUUUCUUUACCAUUGUGAAUGUCAAACCCGUUUCAUGUAAAACGCCUUGAUUGUAAUGCAGUUAUUACUCAUGCCCAAAUUGAUGAAGGGGGCAGAGGGAGUAGCACAUUUCAUUAGAUGCUUUGAAACAGGACAUAUUUAAUAAGUUGUAAUCUAUUAAUCUGUUGUAGUAAGACACAGAAUAAACACUUGGUUUUCAUAGUGGUUUGGAAUUUCGGAUUAAUCCUUUUAAUGCAUUUUUAUUUCUUCUAUCA